AUGGCCGAUGAAAACCAUCCUGCGACUUCAUGGGAGAAUGCCGGAGCUUCCGAUGAUUCGGAAAAGAGGAAUAACAGUGACGAAGAUGCAAAGCGAAGAAGCAGUGCUACUGGGCGAAUCGAACCCUUUGGCGAUGAAACUCAUGCGGAGGUGAAAUACAGGACGCUUUCGUGGUGGCAAUGCUCGUUGUUGAUGAUUGCGGAGACCAUUUCGCUGGGCAUUUUGUCCUUGCCGUCUGUGCUUGCGAGCGUCGGACUUGUCGCUGGAAUUAUUCUGAUUACUGGACUGGGAAUAUGCGCGACCUACAGUGGCUUUGUGUAUGGACAGUUCAAGCUGGCCUAUCCUCAUGUCGCAAACCUGGCCGAUGUUGGGGAGGUAUUCUUUGCUCCUAUUGGAUUCGGGCGGGCUGGUAGGGAGGUAUUCGGCUUUUUGCAGGUAUCGAGUUCCGCGCAGUGAACGAUGGGUAUUGAUGGCUAACAAAGACAUCUCUCUUCAGACUGUCUUCUUGGUGAGUGCGAGCUUUGGGCAAGCCGAAGGACAAUGAGACUGACAUCCGGUUAGAUUUUCAUUCUGGGCAGUCACUUGCUCACCUUCACCAUUGCGAUGAACACUAUUACAGGCCAUGCCACGUGCACCAUUGUCUGGAGUGUUGUUGGGCUGGUAGUGAUGUUCCUACUGUCAUUGCCGAGAACACUAAAGGCCGUAUCGUACUUUUCGAUAGCUGGUAGGCGAUGCAGAUUCGCGCCGUUACACGUCCGAUCGCUGACAGCCUCCAGCAUUCAUCUCCAUCGUCGGCGCGGUCUUCGUCACAGUUAUUGCCGCUGGUAUCGAGAACCCCGGAGCCGAUGUGGAAGCAACCGUUCAGACUAGCUUCCAGCCAGCCUUUACGGCCACACUGAACAUCUGCUUCGCCUUUGCUGGCCAUAUGGCCUUUUUGACCUUCAUCAGCGAGAUGAGGGAGCCGAGAGACUUUCCCAAAGCUUUGAUCGGUCUGCAGAGCGUGGAGAUUACUCUUUACUUGAUCGCGGCCAUCGUGAUCUAUGUCUAUAUCGGCCAAGAUGUUGCAUCACCUGCUUUAGGAUCUACAGCACCUGUUGUACGAAAGGUCGCAUAUGGUAUCGCAUUGCCAACGGUAAGUCUCCUCCGACGUCCGUAACAAUCCCUCGGCUAACCACCGUCAGAUUGUCAUUGCCGGCGUCAUCUACGCCAACGUCAUCGCCAAACAAAUCUACCUGCGCAUCUUCGAAAAAGACCCCAGCCAAAUGGGCAAGAAGUCUUUCAAAUCCGUCGGUACUUGGGUCGCUAUUAUCGCAUCUCUCUGGCUCAUUGCCUGGAUCAUUGCCGAAUCGAUCCCGGUCUUCAACGAUCUGAAUUCUCUGAUCGCAGCUCUUUUCGCGUCGUGGACGACUUACGGUAUGCCAGGUGCUUUCUGGCUAUUCAUCAAUUAUGGACAGUGGUUCAAGGGCUGGCGGAAAUGUUGCCUGACGGGCAUCAAUUUGGCAUUGUUUGCGUUGGGAGCGGCGAUCUGUGGGAUUGGAUUGUAUGCGAGUGGGAAGGCGAUUCAUGAUGAUGCUGGACAAGGGGCUAGUUGGAGUUGUGCUGACAAUUCGGUGUGA